AUGCAUGAAGUGAUACUAAUAACACCGCAUGUACAAGGAUGGGGAAUCCUUGGUCAUAGUCUUGUUGCUCAUCUUGCUCAAAGUCAAUUAAAUGAAAAAUCAUUCGAAUGGAUGCGAACUCAUUUGACGAGCGAUAUGAGUGAAAUAGCCUUUUGGGCCGAUAGUAUUCAUAGUUCGAAUAACAAUGUGUUAGGUUCCCGUCGAUGGAGUUGGUCUCGACCAUUGCAUUAUAUCAAUACACCUCCGUGGAGUUGUAAUUAUGUACAUGAAAGAGAUUGCAUCAAUGAUAGAUGUGCUUAUGGUGCAGUGAAAAAUUAUUCUACACGACUAACAACUUAUAAGAAUAAUGUACAACAUCAACAAGAUUUUUUCUUUCUCGUUCAUUUUGUUGGUGAUAUUCAUCAACCGUUACAUGUAGCCUUUGGAGAUGAUGUAGGUGGAAAUGAUGUUACAGGUCGUUUUAUGAAUACAUCAACUAAUCUACAUUCUUUAUGGGAUACUGGUAUAUUGACAUAUCGUCUACGUAAUACAUUUCAAUCGAAUAUUAGUUCCUAUUAUGAUUAUCUUUAUUUGAAAAUGUUAAAUCAAACUUUAGAAACGAAUUAUGAUAAUUUUCCACUAUGGAUUAAUGAAAGUUUGAAUAUUGUUUGUAAACAAAUCUAUUUCGAUGAAAUGAAUAUGACAAUGAAUUCAACGAGUAAGUUCAAUUUGAGCAAUGUGUAUUAUGAACGAAGUUGGCCUGUUAUCGAAAAACGUCUUAUUCAAGCCGGUUCUCGUUUGGGUGCUCUGCUUAAUCAAAUAUUAACAAAGCAUACAGAAUCAACAACAACACCAACAACAAACGAGACUUGUCAGAGUUCACCUUUCUCUAUAUUGAUCUUAAUAUCACUCGUAUCGGUGUUGUUGUAUUUAUUCAAUUGA